GUUGAAAUUCCUGCGGGGUGGAGGCCUGGGCUUUCUGCCGGGGUCUGGCCUCUCACUCGCAUGGCCGUGGACGUGAAGUCUCGAGCGAAGCGCUAUGAGAAGCUGGACUUCCUCGGGGAGGGCCAGUUCGCCACGGUCUAUAAGGCCAGAGAUAAGAACACCAACCAGAUCGUCGCCAUUAAGAAAAUCAAACUUGGACACAGGUCAGAAGCUAAAGAUGGUAUAAAUAGAACAGCCUUAAGAGAGAUAAAAUUGUUACAGGAGCUAAGUCAUCCAAACAUAAUUGGUCUCCUAGAUGCAUUUGGACAUAAAUCUAACAUCAGCCUUGUCUUUGAUUUCAUGGAAACUGACCUGGAGGUUAUAAUAAAGGAUAAUAGUCUUGUGUUGACACCAUCCCACAUUAAAGCCUACAUGUUGAUGACUCUUCAGGGAUUAGAAUAUUUACAUCAGCAUUGGAUUCUACACAGGGAUCUGAAACCCAAUAACUUGUUGUUAGAUGAGAAUGGAGUUCUGAAGCUGGCAGAUUUUGGCCUGGCUAAAUCAUUUGGAAGUCCCAAUAGGGCUUACACGCAUCAAGUUGUGACCAGAUGGUACCGGGCCCCUGAGUUAUUAUUUGGAGCUAGGAUGUAUGGUGUGGGUGUGGACAUGUGGGCUGUCGGCUGUAUAUUAGCAGAGUUGCUUCUACGGGUUCCUUUUUUGCCUGGAGAUUCAGACCUUGAUCAGCUGACAAGAAUAUUUGAAACAUUGGGUACACCAACUGAAGAGCAGUGGCCGGACAUGUGUAGUCUCCCGGACUAUGUGACAUUUAAGAGUUUCCCAGGGUUCCCACUGCAGCACAUCUUCAUUGCAGCGGGGGACGACUUGCUGGAACUCAUCCAGGGCUUGUUCCUGUUUAACCCGUGUACGAGAGUCACAGCCUCACAGGCAUUGAAGACUAAGUACUUCAGUAAUCGUCCAGGGCCGACACCUGGAUGCCAACUUCCAAGGCCAAACUGUCCUGCAGAAGCCCUAAAAGAACAGGCAAAUCCAGCCGUGGCUACAAAAAGAAAACGAACAGAGGCCUUAGAACAAGGAAUAUUGCCCAAGAAGCUAAUUUUUUAGUUUACAGCGAACAAUGGACAGUGUUUCACCAUGAAAGAAAUAAUCCGAAAGGCAAAUAACGGAAAAAAUAGGAAGCAUUAAAUGCUAUAGAAGAGAACUUGUAAAUAUUCAACACAUGUAAAAUAUAUAAAAGUAUGGGUUAUUUUUAUUAAAUGUAUUUUAAAAUAAAA